GAGACAUGACAGUUACUAAGACUAGAGACAUGACAGUUACUCAGACUACAGACAUGACAGUUACUGAGACUAGAGACAUGCCAGUUACUCAGACUACAGACAUGACAGUUACUGAGACUACAGACAUGCCAGUUACUGAAGGUACACUUUCAGCAGACAGAGAGAGAGAGGCUGCCUGCGAUGAAGAGCGUGACUCACUCACGUCUGUCGAUAGCAAUGUCACAAAUGAUUUGACGAAUAAAGCUCCCUGUGAUUCUCAUGACUUGGAUUUCGAUCAAAGCCUAAAGAAACCUGAAACCACAGAAAGUCAGCUGCAUGAUGCGGUCUCUAAUAAAAUGAAGGACACAUCAGCCCCUCGGCUACAAGACAAACUACACUGGGAACAUGGAACUGGAGCGACACAAGCCCAUGACACACCAGAUGAACAAACAGUUGAGUUAGCAUCUAUAUCUACAGGUCGAUACGAAUAUGCAAAGCACGAGAAGGCAGUUGACACACACUCUCCUAAAGAGGACACAACCACAGAUUCUGCUGACACAGCUACUAAUGACACGAAAUGUAGUGGAUCAGAUGGCACAGCUGCAAGUGACAGGAAGUGUAGCCAGUCAAAAGACACCAUUGCCAAGAAUCGUCAGCUGCCAUCGAGACUCCCGAUGGUUACAGCAAAGGAAGAGGAGACAACCAAGCCAAGCGACGGCAAAGGAAGAAAAGUUUCUCAAAGGAAGGCUAGAGUAGCUAGUGGACGGAGGCCAAGACAGACAGCAACUACAGACCGAGACAUGAUUCCAACUAGUACUGCCACUGGGUUGGACGAGUCACAAGGUGUCACGAAACGUCAGCAAAAACCUUGGCAGGAUGAGGGACACAAACAAGCGACAACAGAACCUCGACAGCCAGACGAGCGGGAGGACGAGCCCCGGAUUGACCACGUGACUGGCCAACACCUCAGUGCUACCUGCACGCCCUUCAGCGGCGCAAGUAGUACCGGGAAUGCAACUAACGGGGCCAGCAAAGGAAGAAAGGACACCCGACAUGAAGGCACCAAUGAAAAUAGCGCACAGGGUGGGACAAGUACUGGACGUAAGCGGAGCAAGGAAGGUCAUGACAUGGGUGAUCUCAACAACUUGAGCGACAACGACAACACCGAUGCCAACAGUGACCUGGCUGGCAAUGCCGUGAACAUGUCGCCUUCAGGAGGGACGCGCGAGACAAAAGAUGUCCGCAAAGUUUGUGAGGACAAAGGACUUGAGGACACGACUACAGGUAAAGAGCCCAGAUCCCGCCGACCCCGCACCAGUCACGUGAUACUCGAGGUUCAAGCUAGCGUCCAGAGGUUUGAGAGCGAACGUCGCUCCAUCCGGGCUCUCCAACAGGUCAGGCGCGCGCACAUGACCAACACCCUCGCCCACGACCUGAAACUGUUUCGUUCUCUGCUCCUCGUGGGCGGCAGUAAGCAUCAUAAGGAUACAAGAUUUAAAACUGAGGGAAAGAAAAGCAGGCCAUCACCGAUCCCCAAAAAGCUGGACAAGAGAAAACAACUCCGCUGCAACGGCUGGAAUCUACAGAGACGACGGAGUGAGGUGGAGGAGGACAUUGACAAAGACAUGGAGGAGGACAGUGCAGAUCUUUGUCCAGAUCCUUCAACGACACCAGCUUCGCCCAAGCACAGGGGGGACACCAGGGUGCGUCCUCCGUCUAGAAUUGAAAAUCACAGUGAGACAAGCAAAGAGUUAUCUCCUCGGCUUCUGCUAAGGGAAUGGCAGCAAGAGCACCACAUGAAGGUGCAGCGCAGCCUGGUGCUAGCCUAUAGUCAUCAUGUUAGCCAUCAGGCUCUGCCAGCGAUCUAUCAUUCAGGUAAACAACGGAGCAGUUACCAAUCUUCCCAAACAAACACCAGCAGGCCCUCUCGGCCUUCCACCACCAAGUCUCUGUGGGUGUCACGUUCACAUUCAGACAGUCCCAUGUCCACGACAAGGACAGACAACCUGACUUCCGGUACCGUGUCCAUGAACAAAGGCCUUACUUCCGGUCCCAACGGGGUGUCCCGAGCUCAGCUUAGCUUCAUUCGUCGCGCCAGUUCCCUGGUGACGUCAUACGGAGCAUCUCACCUGUACCUCGAUCCAAUCACAACACAGUCUUGUGAACACAGUUAGCGGAUAUCAACAGCUCACCCUCUCCGGUUAUUGACCCUGACCACCAUACAGAUCUCUGCACUGCUGUGAUGUAGCAUGCUGUGCUGCUGUGAUGUAGCAUGGUGCUGCUGAUGUAGCAUAUUGUGCUGCCAUGAUGUAGCAUGGUGCUGCUGUGAUGUAGCAUACUGUGCUGCCUUGAUGUAGCAUGGUGCUGCUGUGAUGUAGCAUACUGUGCUGCCAUGAUGUAGCAUGGUGCUGCUGUGAUGUAGCAUACUGUGCUGCCUUGAUGUAGCAUGGUGCUGCUGUGAUGUAGCAUAAUGUGCUGCCAUGAUGUAGCACGGUGCUGCUGUGAUGUAGCAUAUGUAGUGUGUUGCUAUAAUGUAGCAUACUGUGCUGCUGUGAUGUAGCAUGCUGUGCUGCCAUGAUGUAUCACGGUGCUGCUGUGAUGUAGCAUAUGUAGUGUGCUGCCAUGGUGUAGGAUGGUGCUGCUGUGAUGUAGCAUACUGUGCUGCCAUGAUGUAGCAUAAUGUGCUGCCAUGAUGUAGCAUACUAAGCUGCUGUAAUGUAGCAUACUGUGUUGCUGUGGUGAGAUCUGAAGAUGCUGAAGACAGGCAAAUGACAUUUAGUUGUCAACUCAAUUUGAGCAGCGUGUAAUAUAUAUGUAUAUGUAUAUCUACAACUGUUUACAUUAAAACAUCGACACGGUUACAGGUAACUAAAUCAGACCUACAGCUAGAAUGAAGUACAGGCAGCCACAGGUGUGCGCACGUGUGUGUACGAGUACGAGAUCUUUAAUGUCAGUGACUCAUAUAGUCAUUUUACAUGGGGGAUAGAUACAUAGUGGUAACACAAUGCAGCAUAUUUUAUAACAAUCACAUGUACAUCUCCAUAUAUUAGUUCUUUGGCCAUCAGACAGUGAGACUUUACACAUGCAUACCCUCACACACACUACUUUUACAUCAUUUUAUACCGGAAACGACCACGAUAACUGAACAGUUGCUAGCAAGCUUGUGUAACCAGUGCUUUGCUGGGGAGUCAACAUGGCCGCUGAAGUAACAACUGAUGACGUCACGUGAACACGACCUAUUGUUUUCUAUUUUUACUGAUUACGUAAUAAUUUUGUUUCGUAUAUUGUAUGAGCUGUGCUCAGUCCCUCGAAUGUUGUGGCCAUAUCAGAUAAAACAAUAAAAUGACAUGUUUUGGUU